AUGGCAACCAGACGGGGCGUCGGCCUGGGCGCAUUCGCCAACCGCAACCAAACCACCCAGUCAUACGCGACUCACGGCGCAAACCUGCGAUCAACACAUCUAUCCUCCCUCCAAACACAACUCUCAGUAUUCCAGUCCCUACUCCACACUUUUGCGCUCGAACAUGCAUUCAAGAUCAAAUCAAACCCGACGUUUCGCGCCGAGUUUGCUCGCAUGUGCAAUACAAUCGGAGUCGAUCCUCUCGCGGCGAGUAAUGUCAAGGGCAAAAGCAGUCGCGGGAAAGGGUUGAUGGAAGGCGGGAGUUUCUGGACGCAGAUACUAGGCGGAGAUAUGAAUGAUUUUUAUUUCGAGGUUGCUGUGCGAGUUGUCGAGCUGUGCAGGGAGACCAGGAGUGAAAACGGCGGGCUUAUCGGGGUGAGCGAGUGUCGCAAGAGAGUCGCUAGGGGGAAAGUCAUUGGCGGCGGCUUGGAGGUGUCAAAUGACGAUAUCCUACGAGCAGUCAAGUCGCUUGAGCCCCUAGGCUCAGGCUUCAGCAUCAUCCACGUCGGCCGCAAGCAAUUCAUUCGCUCUAUACCCAAAGAACUCAACACAGACCAGGCCACAGUACUUGAGGUUAUCCAAGUCCUUGGUUACAUCACCGUUUCCAUGUUACAAGCGAAUCUCAGCUGGGAAAAGCCACGCGCGACCACGGUCAUAGACGAUCUCUUGGCUGAUGGUUUGGUGUGGCUGGACAGCCAGUGUGAAGAAAACGAGUACUGGUCGCCUCAGAAUCUUUUAGGAGAGGACGGGUGA